AUCGACUGUCAAUUACAAAUCGCGUCAUACCAUUCCAUCUUUUUUUUUGAAUCACUAAUUGGCAGUUCCGCUACAUCCCGCGACAAAAGUUCAGAAUACCUACUUAAAUCAUCAACAUAUCUGCAAGUUCCUUACAUACUCUAAACACAGAAGAACACAAGCACAAUGGCAUCGCAAAGUAUCUCAAUGCCUUCAGUCUCCAACUCUGAGAUCAAGCCUGUCGUGAGCCCCGGCUCCCAAGCGGUUGCAACGUCGAAACCGAAACCAUGCUGUGUCUGUAAAGAUGAAAAGUCGAAGCGCGACGAAUGUAUGCUGUUCUCAAAGGCAGCCGAUCCCACCAGCGAUUGCAAGACGACCAUAGAUCAGUACCGAACAUGCAUGGCUGGCUUCGGGUUCCAAGUAUAGAGAGGCAAUGUGCCACAAGUGAAGAAGAUCGUGAUCACUUUUAGGAAAAUCUCUGUACAAUGUACAAUAAGGGAUCGAUU